UCUAUUACUACAAUACCCCAAAAAUUAAGGAAAAGGCAAGACCAAAGAGGAAACAAAGCUGGGAAGAAGAUGGACUAUCUUCAAAGACUUCCUCAACACAGAAGCAGCAGACAAGUACAAAUGAAGGUGAAGUUGUAGUUAUUCAGUAAAACAGUUUAGUGUAUUAGUUCGGAGAUAGAUUGUGGUGCUCCGAAAAUGGCGAUGAUGAGAGAGAAAUCAUGGAAGUUGACCUUCUUCUUCUGCUUGAUCUGGGCACUCACCAUCUUAUAUGGCGAGAUGUUUGCUUACUGGCUUCCUUUUCUCUGGUCUUAUUCUUGGCCUCAUCUUCACUCCUCCUCUUCUUUGGGAGGAGAUAUGUCAGGUGAUUUCGUGAAAGUAGCUGUCCUCACUGACCCACAGCUGAUGGACAGAACCUCCCAUGAUUUUGGUCCCAAAUCAGUUGCUUUGGAGAUUGCUACAUUUUACUCAGAUUUGUACAUGCGCAGAGCAUUUCUUUCUACCAUUUUGCCUUUCAAGCCUGAUGCAAUUUUAUUCUUGGGUGACUACUUUGAUGGUGGUCCACAACUGUCAAAUAAAGAAUGGCAGGAAUCUUUGAGCCGGUUCAAGCAUAUCUUUGAUCUGGGCGAACGAGGAAAAACCAAAGAUAUUCCAGUUUACUACAUUCCUGGAAAUCACGACGUUGGCUAUGCAGGUCAUAUUUUCCAUAAGCCAGAGGUUAUGGAACGUUAUGAAGGCACCUUUGGCAAAAGAAAUUAUAAUUUUACUAUUGGAAAAGUAGACUUUGUUGCUAUUGAUGCCCAAACCAUUGAUGGUAACUUGGAAGAUCAUACAACUUCCUCUACUUGGUCGUUUUUGGAUGGUGUCUCUACGGGUGUAGGAACAAAUCCAAGGGUGCUAUUGACUCAUAUCCCGCUGUACCGACCUGAUUGGACUCCUUGCCCGUACCGUUCUUCAGAAGUCAUCAAUCAGAGGAUUACUCGUUCUGCUUAUGAUCAAAGGAUACUAUACCAGAACUAUGUCACUGAGGAGUCUGCAAAGCAUAUAUUGGACUCCAUUCAGCCUGUACUUGUCCUCUCUGGUCAUGAUCAUGACCAGUGUACGGUCAACCACAAGACAAAAUAUGGUUCCGUCAAGGAGCAUACUCUUGGGACGUUAAGUUGGCAACAAGGGAACUUGUAUCCAUCGUUCAUGCUUCUAUCUGUUAGCAAUUUUACACAUACGAAUGGAUCUUCUUCGGAACCAGUCGUACUUACUCAAUUGUGCUUUCUUCCUAAGCAAUUAUUCAUAUAUAUAUGGUAUAUCAUACUUUUUGUUGUAACCAUCGUUGCCUUGUCUAUUUUGCCUACGUAUGACAUUCAGUUCCAUUUCGGGCAUCUGAUGACAAAGAUAAAUAAAUUCGUCAAAGACGAUCUUUUUUCAAGUGGUAGAAAAGAGAAAAAUGAAGACGAAAAUUGUGAGUAUGAUAUGAUGUGGGAUGCAGAAGGAGGCUUGCAUCUUAUCAAGAAGCAUAGUAAAGCCCCUUUGGUUGUGUCAAAGGAGAUGAGUUCUGCAGAAAGAGGCAAUGCUGUGAUACGUGCUGCUAGGAAACAGAUGGUUCAGGAGCAAGAGAGUGCAACGAAAGUGGACAUUAAUGGUGAAUCUGAUGUGAAAAACUUGCCAAGAUCAAGCAAACCAUUUACGAGGGUAAUGGUGCAACGAUGUAAUCGGGUGGUUGGGAUGGUUUUGGUAAUUGCUGUGGUGAAUGUCCCACUAUACAUGAUGCUCUUGUUCAAAGAUUGGGGCGAACAAUGAUACAGUCCGGUGAGGGGCUUUGUUGUAAUAUUCAUGUAACUUUUACAAGGUUAGAGUUAACUGUAAAUCCAGAAUGAAUGUUGUAAUAAUUAAUGUAACAUUAAAAUGGUUGUAACUUGUAAUGUCUGGUAUAGCGCGCUCUUGUAGUGGAAGAACGCACAUCUCCUGUUGUACUGAAGUAGUACUUAGCUUGUAACAAACUUAUAUUUCCGUAGUAUUAUUAGUAUUUUCAUUUUA